AGAGCGUUUGGCUCAAGGUCUUCCAGCAAUCUUCCGAAGCCAGCCACAAGCGCAGGCCUCUCCCGCCGGCCGCACGCCCCCCGUCGCUCGAGAUGCAGCGGGAGAGCAGCAUCAAAAGGAGCGCCUCCCGCGGCAACGACCCCGAGAUGCAGCGGGAGCACAGCAUCGGGCUCAGGCAGAGGGGGUCUCAGCGCACGGACGCGAGGCUGCGCAACGCCUCCUUCUGCACUGUCGCCUCCGACGGCAACGCCCUCGCCCGCACCCAGAGCGAGCUGCGGGCGCGGCGCGGGCGGGAGGUGCACGAGGAGAUGCCCACGUGCGGCCGCGUCUCCCUGCGCGCGAGCCAGCUCGCGGCCCGGCACCCGUGCAAGGCUCUCUGCUCCUGCUGGGCUGCCGUCAUCGCGAUCACCAUGGCAGGUAUCCUCUCAGGGGAGCUGGCGUUCUCCGAGGAGGGGCCGAAGGACUGGAUGGUGCUGGGCGACGUGCACUCCCAGGCACUGGACGCGAUUCAGCUCGCGGAGGCGGAGGUGGACUGCAUCCCGGUGAACGGAACCUGCCCCCCGCUGUCGACGCGCAGCCAGCCCAACAGUGGCCUGCUGGGGUUCUCCAUCAUCUACCAGGCCGACGAGGGCGCCGAGAUGUUCACCCCAGAGCGCCUGCAGCAGGCGUGCAUUGUGGAGCUCGGGAGGGAAACAGAGCACUACCCCCGCUUCUGUGCCCUCCGGCCGGGGGCGCUGGAGCUCGCCGCCGCGGAGGGCCGCGAGCUGCGCGGAUCGGACUGCCAGGCCCAGGCUCUCUCGGUGGCGCAGCUCUUCUACGGCCACGACGGCGGCGCCACGGCGGACUGCGCGCUGCUCGGCGCGGCGCAGGUGGCCGAGACGAGGCAGAGCCUGGAGUCCAUGCUGGAGGACGACGCCGCGCAGAAGCUGCAGGCGGGCUUCUACGUGGGCGCCGGCCCGUCGGGCCGGCCGAGCUGGGGCCGCACGCGCUCCGUGCUGGGCCUCGGGUACCCUCUGGAGGGCCACGGCGGCGCCGGGCCGGGCAGCGAGGCGCUCCUCACGGCCACGGCGGAGUUUUGGGAGCAGCUGGAGAGCGACAUGCUGGAGCACUUCGGCAAGCGCCACGCCCGCCUCCGCACGGCCUUCUGGGAGGAGUGGAGGGCCGGGGACGUGGAGGUGCUCUUCAACUCCCAAGCGCUCGGGAAUCUGGAGACGGCGAGGGUGGUCAGCUCUGACAUGAGCUGGCUUCUCGUAUCCAUCCUCUUCGUAUGGGCCUGCCUCGGCUGGCGCACGGGCAGCCUGUUCUUGGGCACGGUGUCGCUCUUGCAGAUCGUAUUCUCGAUCCCGGUGGCGUUUUUCUUCUACCGCUUCGUCUUUCAGAUCACGUAUUUCCAGCAGCUCCACGGCAUCCUGAUCUUUAUCAUGCUGGGCAUCGGCGCCGAUGCGGUAUUCGUGUUCUCGGACGCGUGGCAGCAGUCCGAGGAGCUCAUCACGGGGCAGGACCCGCAUCAGCCCCGAACCGAUGAUGAGCGGAUCGAGGACCUGACGGCCCGCCUGGCCCUCGCAUACCAGCGGACGAUGAUAAGCGUGUUCAACACAUCGUUCACCACCGCCGUGGCCUUCCUGGCGACGGCCAUCUCGCCGAUCAUGCCCAUCAGGACCAUGGGCAUCUUCGCCUGCCUGCUCGUGCUGUCCAACUACGUCUUCGUGAUCACGCUGACUCCCUCGGCGUUUGCCGUGUGGCAGACCUACAGGGUAGACCUCUCCCGCUGCUGCUGCUGCCGUCGGGGCCGACCCGAGGCGACCGCCGAGGAGCAGGCGCAGGCGCGGCCCUCGGAGGCACCGAAGCCCUCCUGGCUGGCGCGCUGCUUCCUGCUCGCCCUCGGGCGGCCUGCCGGGGCUCUGGUCAGCCUGCUGCUCCUCGCCGGCUGGGGCGGCCUGAACUGCUACUGGGCGGCGCAGCUGGAGCUCGUGGGCGAAGAGCAGUCGGGCGACGUCCGAGGUUGAGCUCGUGGGCGAAAAGCAGUCGGGCGACGUCCGAGGUUUUGUGGGCAUUUUCGUUGGUGAUCGGCGGCUGCCCAUCCUCGGGAGGCCUGCCGGCGGCUGCGCCUCGCCGAGGGCGUUCCAGGGGUGCCCGAAUCGCCCCAAACGGCCGCCGGAGGCCUGACGCAGUACCAGAAGACCACCAGGCGUCGGGAUCGGGAAAGCUGAUGGCGAAAAACAUAUCCGUAUCCGUAUGGGGCGUUUUUUCGCGGAUGCCCCGCGCAGAAACGGGCCAGUGCGACCGAGUACCCGCGGGAUCGCGCCCCGGAAUCCAGACCGCGAGGGCGCGGAUACGGAUCUGCUCGCCGUUCGUGAGGAGCCGCCACCAGAGAUGUUCCAGUUCUUCGGCAAGGAGCACAUGCACUCGCGGGUGGCCGAUCUCAGCGGCAGCGGCUUCCUCGCAGGUGGCGCUGACGACUACCUCGUCCUGCAGUUCUCCUUCGGCAUCGAGGGGGUGGACCGCAGCCCCAACAGCAGCGCGUCCGUGGACCCGUGGGCCCCGCACCUCUUCUACGGCGUGCCCGUCUGGGACGGCGGCUUCGACCUCGGCCAGCCCGCCGCGCAGGAGUUCCUCCGCGGCUUCUGCCAGCGGCUGCGCGCCGAGGCCUGCACGAGCUCGGGGUGCUCCGAGGGCCGCCUGGUGCAGCCCGACCCGAGCGCCGUGUCCUGCUUCCUCGAGGAGUUCGAUGCCUGGGCGGGCGGGACCUCCCUCGAGGGCGAUGCCUUCACGUCCGAGCUGCAGGCGUUCCGGAGCACCCAGGUGCCUCGGCGGGUCCUCAACAACCAGGCCACCUGGGAGAAGGGCAUCGGGUUCGUGGGCGGGGAGCUGCGGUACGUGGAGGUCCAGGCGAUGCUCACGGUGAAGAGGGGGCAGCCUGGCAGCGUCAAGGCAGAGGUUCUCGACACCGUCAUGCGCUUCCUAGACCGGGAGAGAAGCAGCGCACCUGCUGCGGCGGGCGAUGCCCUUCAGACCGCUGGUCCAGAGUGGGUGUUCCUGGUGAUCGAGCAGACCCUCGUCAAGGGCCUCUUCGAAGGUUUUGCCAUCUGCUUCCCAACGGCAUUCGUGGUUCUGCUGCUGGCUACUGGUAACGUGCUGGUGGCCCUCUACGCCAUCAUUACGAUUGGGGCCAUCGUGAUGUCCGUUCUCGGGUGGUGUUGGGCUAUUGAGGGCUGGUACCUUGGGAUCUCUGAGUCCAUCGCGGGCGUCAUCGUCAUCGGACUGGCGGUCGACUAUGUGAUUCACCUCGGCCAUAUGUACCUGGAGGUGGGGCAUCUCGGCUAUGAGACCCGCGCGGAGCGGUGGGAGAUGGCCCUGAAGAACAUGGGCGUGACGGUGCUGGCCGGUGCAGUCACCACGCUGAUGGCGGGCCUCUCGAUGCGUUUCUGCCAGAUGGUGUUCUUCCUGCAGAUGUCCACGCUGAUCAGCGUCACCAUCGCCUACUCCCUGCUCUUCACGCUCUUCUUCUUCAUGUGCCUGCUCCGGGUGGCGGGCCCCGAGCGCGAGUGCGGCGACAUCCGCCGCCUGGCCCUGCGCGCGUGCGGCUACGCCCGCCGCAAGCAGGGCGAGGAGGCGCCUCCGCCAGCAAUGUAGCGCAGCCGCCCUCUCGGCCAGUUCAUCUCCUCGCCAACAUGCCGUUUAUUCGAGGCAGGGAGGAGGAUCACAAGUGUCCCUCUGCCUCCACGUCUCCGCGAUUUCGGGCACGCGCUGCUGCGGCCCCAGCGCCCCGCGCCUGUUGGCUCGAUCCUUUUCGCGAGGCCGUCUGCACCGUCGCAGGCCUGCCAUCUGGCCAUUGCCAGGUCCGUUCGGAUCGGACCCGAGCGGGUGAUCUGGGGAAAGGUCAGCCACCUGCGAAGUCUGCGGCGUGUAGCUGGCUUCGGCCGACGCCGGGCACUCUCCUCGAUGCACUGGCCCCCCUUCCGUGUCGGGCGGCGUCGGGAGAACCGCCUGCUCGAGCCUGCUUCGCUAGCACCCCUCUUUGCGACCCCCUCUUUCGUCGGACCCGAUGCAUCAGUCAC